ACGAAAUCUGACUCAUAUGAAGACGUCUCUCAGCAGAGUGAAAGUAAAAAGCAAAAGUGUGAUUGCCAAAGAAUGUGGAAUCUUUCUAUAGUGCUACUAUUAGUGCUUUCUCAAGUUGAGCAAUAUGUCACCAGAAUGGUUAUUGAGUCUUCGACCGUUGAAUUUGAUUCAUUUCUGGAGGAGCAGUCAACGAAAACUGGCGAAUGCAAGAUAUCUUUGAAAAAAGCUCUCAAUCUUAAGCAACCACUGUAUUUAAUUCCGGGAACGGACAAGUUCUAUAUUCCCACGCCCAAUACUACAGACCUACUGUUCCGUCAAGGUGAACAGGUAGAACUAUUCUGUACUCGAGGGUUUGCCGAUACCGAAGAAAAAUCAAUCAUAACAUCGUGCGAUGGAAAAAAUGGGUUCGUUCACAAUGACGAAGCACACGACAUCUCACAAAUAACCUGCAAAGGUCCACUGUUCCAUGUAGCACUACGAACCGAAGAUCGUUGCUUCAACAAUGCUACUUUGGUGAAGGUUGGAUUUGAAAUGGAACCCAGAUUCCUAAAAAUGUACGAUGUAUGCUUUGACGAAAACACACUCGUGCCUUAUUUCGUAAAGCACAGUCUAUCGCCCUGGAACGUUAAACAUCAACCCACGAAGCGACCGCCCUUCAUUCAGGGGGACUUUUAUCCUGGACUCAAGAUGUCUAAACUUUACAGCUUCGAAUCACAACGGAAAAAUCUGGAAAAAAUCCUAGGGUCCUCUGAUCGGGUAGAUGCAGUGUUGGACAAAAAGAAAGAUCUUUUUUUGGCACGCGGCCAUCUGGCCGCAAAAGCAGAUUUCGUUUUCAGCCCUCACCAGAGAGCUACCUUCUGGUUCAUGAACGUUGCUCCACAGUGGCAAAAGUUCAACGGCUUCAACUGGCAGCGCAUUGAAACAGGUGUGAAAGAUUUCAUAGCCCACAGGAAAACCCCAGUGACGGUGUACACUGGUACGUAUGGAGUGUUGGAGCUUCCCGAUGCGAAUGGUGAUAUGCAGAAGAUAUACAUGGACGUUGAUCCCGAUAAUGGAGGGCGUGUUCCCGUUCCGAAAGUGUACUACAAAAUAUUGCACGACGAGACGAACGAUGCUGGCAUUGCGCUGAUUGGUGUGAACAAUCCGCAUGCGACGAUGGAAGAAAUUAAGAACGAUUACAUCUUUUGCAAUGACGUUUCCGAUAGGAUAAACUGGUUAAAAUGGAAGCGGCACUAUAUCCCCGGGGGAUAUUCGUACGCGUGUGAUGUGAAUGAAUUCAAUAAUGUGACUAAACAUCUUCAAUUGGGGAAGAUUUCUAACUUGUUGGUGUAGACAUUGUUGUAGUAAUAGUAGAUUUUAGAUACUUACCAAUGCUGCAACAGACAGUGUUAGAAGCACGAAACCGAAUAAAUGAUUCUUUUUCAUCAUUGUGACGAGAGAACAGACUU